AUGAGAUUCGUUUCAACGCUGUUGGCUGCGCUUGGAAUUGUAACAUCCACGGCGCAGAAGGCGCCGAUCCAGGCCCGCAAUAGCUCGGACGACACUUCGCUGGUGUUCAAGAUCCUUCAACUGGCCGAUCUCCACAUCACCGGUAUCCCGACCGUCGGCUGCGGCACCAGCGUGCCGGUGGGAAUGGCCAGCCAAAACUGCUCGGAGGCGCUCAUGUACGCGUUCAUGGAGCAGUUGCUGGAUGUAGAAGAACCUGACUUUAUCGCGUUCACGGGCGACAAUGUGCAGGUGUACGGCCCCAGCACGCACCAACGAGCCGUUGAUGCCCUCACAAGAGCGGCCGAGGAGCGCAACAUUCCGUACGGAAUAGUGUUUGGCAAUCACGACUACGAAGGAGAUUUUCCUCGAGAGAGGUUUGUCGAGAUGGUGUCUGAGAAAAACCACUCGUACAUGGUGAGCGGACCGGAAGCCGUGGACGGCGUUGGCAACUACAUGCUCAAUGUGACGGCGCCACUUGCCGGCGCCUGGGGGGACCAAGGGGACACCGUAUUCCGCAUGUACUUCUUGGACUCGGGGGCUAAUGCGCUCACUGACAAGUACCCGUACGUGUUCUCUCAGUACGACUGGAUCAAGCAGAGUCAGAUCGACUAUUACCGCCAAAUGUCGGAGACUGGACGCGUGGAGCGACACAGUCGAUCCGACACGGUGUUGCCUGCAGUCAUGUUCUUCCACAUCCCGCUGGUCGAGUUCGCGUACUCGGAGGACGGCUGCAACGGCGAGAAGAACGAGUUGGUGCAUGACCAAGGCAUGAAUCUACGCUUGCUGUCCACAUUGUCGGACAUGAAUGAGGUCAAGGCGGCGUUUGUGGGCCACGACCACGUGAACGAGUACUGCUGUCUAGUAGACGGUGUGCAACUCUGUUACGGAGGCGGUACAGGCUUCGGACGUGCGUACGGCGCCUCCGAUUUCUCUCGCCGGGCGCGAGUGAUCCAGUGGACGGUAGAUAGCAACGAGCGUCACGAAAUCCGCAGUUGGAAGCGGCAUUACGAUGACAUUAGCGUCAUACAUAGCGAGGAAGUGCUGUAUUCAGAGCUGUAA